AUGAAAUUCAAUCAACAACAGGCGGAGCUGCAGGAACGUCAAAAUCAACAAUUGCUAGAACAACAAAAACAGAUUGCAGAAUUGUUGAGUAAAUUGGGCAAUAGGCCAAAUAUUGAAAGUGCUACAACGCUUCAACAAGAAGGAUCGGCACAAUACGGGCUUCCUGACUCUGCAAUUGAUUUAAAACAAAAUUGUAUUCGGCUGAUAGAAAAUAAAUCAAAGAAAAAAGAAGAUUGUAAUUUCAAAGAGUUAUUGGAAGAUUGUCGAGGAUUCUUGUCUACGAAAAAAGAAGUAAAAUUGUUGUCUGAACCUAAACAGGUCAGAACCCAAAUUGCAACAACAAAGUAUUGA